UUGUCACCAUGGUCACGUUUGCAGUGUCUCUGAAACCUUUGAGCGCUUGCGCACGGUACACGACGACAGACAAUCCAGUGCAGUCGCUCCGUGAGUUUACUGGCUGCUACGACAUUCUCUCGUCGCCGCCCGUCGAGACGCCCAUCGUGCACAGCAAGAGCGGCUUUGUCAUGGGCGUCGUUCAAGCAUACAACGACCACCACAACCUCGUGCUUCGUCCCGACGACAUUUGGCUUGCGAUCAUGACCCAGUUUGGUUUGUACGUCAACGGUCACGCCGAGGACCUUCGGCACCUCUUUGUCCGGCACGAGGGGAAGAAAGAGCUGAACGUCUGUCGUGCUGGCUCGAUGCGCUCGGCCGAUUUUGGUCCGCUCGUUGACCGAAUGGUCCAUUUGAUGAGCGAGCAUCUCGUGGACUCGACGCUGCGAGACUGGGUCCUCCCCGGCUUCUCGACAACGACGCAGACCGACACGAUGGUUGGCAGCAUCGUCAUGAUGGCAACCAUGAAAAAGUACUUUCGGCACUCGUUUCACUUUGGCUGUGGCAUUCCAUUUGUGACGCUCCUCGGGACUGUGGGCGACUGGGAAGAUAUCCGCGCGCGCGUCGAGAAGCUCGCGACGUUCGACACCUGCCUCCAAGCGUGGUCUCGCCUCUUGGCGCCGAUCCUGGACCAGUUUGUGCAGGCAGCAAACGGCCAACCAAACGUCGGCUUCUGGAGAAAAAUCUGCCACUGGCACGGCGGGUCGGGCCCCAACUACAUAAGCGGCUGGCUCAGCGUCUUUUGUGUCAUAAAGGAGGACGGGACGUGGCAGGGCGACGAGCGACGCGUUUGGCUGCCGUCGGGCCGCGUCCUUCUCAACCAGUUUCCGAUCAUCAACGCGCGCGAUAUUCCACCCGGCUACCUCACAGUCGACGUGAUCAUCAAUGACAACGACGGGAGAAAAUACGAUGCAAUCUUCUUUGCAGGGCACAUGAGCUACGGCUUCCUCGAGACGCCCCACCCAGUCGACGUCAAGCCGAGCUGGACCGUGGCCGGUGCCAUCGGGCGACUCGCCGGGUGGCGGGACACCACCAAUGCCGACGAGGCUGCCAUCCCCAACGGCAAGACGACAAUCGUACCCGAGCUGCGCUGGGCCAUUGCUCUCAAGAACGGUCAACGCCCAGGGAACCAUACGUGA